AUGUCAUUGAACGUGCUGCCCCUUCCUAUUGAGGAAGCUACUUUGAAGGCUCGCCUUGAGUUUUUAGACAAGUUUGAAGCACAACUCGCAGGAGGUACUCAAUGGCAAGAAUGUGAGUCUCCGGCUGCUUACCGUAAAAUGCGCCGAGAGGGUCUGAAUGGGUUCACGGCGCCUGCUCUCAACCCUAAAGCAAGGACUGUAAAUAUUUUUGGAAGAGACGAUUAUCAAAUUGAAUUGAGAAUCAUUGAACCGACUGAACAAUUGAGCAAAGGUGUCUGGCUUCACUUCCACGCCGGUGGCUUUGUUAUCGGUAGCAAUGCAUCAUACGAUAACUAUUUGACCACCUUGUCUGAUCGCUUGGGUCUGACUAUGGUCUCCGUUGAGUACCGACUGGCACCGGAAAAUGCUUUCCCCAAGCCUUUCCACGAUUGUGUUGAUGCGGCUCUAUACGCACUCAGCUCAGCCGGCGAGAAAGAACUCGGUGCAUCACUGAAGGUUCUCGGGGGUGAAUCAGCAGGUGGUUGGCUCGCAGUUUCAACUGGUCUCUCUCUUCGCAGGGACUAUGGAGUCGACGUCCGAUCAAAUUUGGAUGCGAUUGUGGCUGGAUAUGGAAUCUUCGAUCUUACCUACACACCAUCUCUUUUGAGCCACACUCGGAACAUCGUACUGAGUAAAGAAGGCAUGAUGGACUUUUGCGAGGCAGGCUUCAGCCACAUUCCAAUGAUGCAGAGGAAGGAUCCACUUGUUUCGCCUCUUUAUGCCGAUUUGAAGGAAAUGCCAGCGGCACUUUUUUUGACGGGCAAUAUUGAGCCACUACUUGAUGAUAGUAUUUUCAUGGCCGCUAGGUGGCAACAAGCUGGAAAUGUGACCGAGUUGAGUGUGGUUGAUGGGGCAUGCCAUGCCUUCACUAUUAUUCCGAUGGGAAAUGCGACUGAGGAAGGGUUAGACAUUAUUGUUCAAUUUGUGCAGAAGAGCUCUAGUAAAUAA